AUGAGCGAUUUUCAAAAUCGUUUCACUGAAAGUCAGCUUUCUCGUUUCAGCGACUACAAAACUAUCGAAGAAGCCGAAGACUCAGUCAUGCACAGUCGAGAACUUAUUAGCAAAAGCCGAGAACUGUCACGAAAAAACAGCAUCGCAAAAUUCAUCAAAGACUCUCAAAGUUCCCCACUUAAAUAUUCUAGCAGCAUGCGAAAUUUCAAUGUUCCGAAGCUUGAUUUCGACUCUACCCCUCCACAAGCACCAUUAGAAAGCCCAAAAUUCAGAGUCCCAGUUGAUUUCCAAGAUCAAAAUAAAGCUCAAGAGCUCAGCCCAGAAAAAUUUUCCCAAGAAAUGCGGAGCCUAUCUCAAGAAAUCAAAAAAACUGACAGAUGUGUCGAAGAAUUUGAAGAAAAAAUAAUGCGGCUUAGAUUAGAAAAUGAGCAACUUACCAGAGAAAGGGACGAAAAACACCUGGAAUCCAAAAGCUUAUAUCAAGAAUACGAAAUUCUUAAAAGCAAAUAUGAUUUUAUAGCAAAACAAAAAGAAGUUAUAAGCAAACAAGUAGAUCUUGCCAAUGAUUUUAGGAAUGAAUUGAUACUUAAAUCGUCAGGCAGUAUGUCAUUAAAAUCGCUGAGUUCUAAAGAAAAGCAGUUUUCGAGUGAAAUUGAAGGUCUUUAUGCGAAAUGCAAUAAAAUUGAAAAUGAAAAUUCAUUGAUGAAGAGAUCGCUGAAGCUUAAUAGUAAAGAUUUAAAAAGCACGGGGUAUUCGAGUGCAAUUGAUGAAAUUAAAUCACAGCUAAGCCAGACUGCAAAAGUGUGUGCAGUACUGAAGAAAAAACUUAAGAGGAUAGUUGUAAGCCCUAAGUCAAGAGAGAUUUUGACUGAAGGCUCGAGUCGGAAGAAACUUAAAAAGAAACAGCCAUUACCGUUCACAUCUCCAGAAAAUAAAAGAAAAUGCUUCCAUUGCGAAAUGUGCUGCCAUCAUGGCAAGAACAAAAAAUAA